AAGUCCAGGAAAGGAUGACUAAACAGAUCGCAGAGGCUAUCACUGUGGCCAUCAACCCGACCGGUGUAGGGGUUGUCAUCGAAGCCACACAUAUGUGUAUAAGUAUGCGAGGGGUGCAGAAAAUCAACAGCAAGACCAUCACCAGUAGUAUGAUCGGCGUGUUUCGCGAGGACUCCAAAACCAGAGAGGAAUUCCUUUCAUUGAUUAGACACUAAGUCCUGUACUUAUGGUUUCAUUUCAAGAAUCAAAUGUUGGAAAUAAUUAAAACGAUUCAUUUUCAC